AUGGCCGCCUGCGGCAACUCAGUUAAAAUACAGCGGAAGCAGGAGCCAGUCACGGGGCUGCGGGAGGCAGGGCAGGAAGGUGGCGCUGCCGCCGAGCGACUGGAGCCAGAGCGCCCAUCAUGGCGGCGAGGGCAAUGGCCGCUGUGGGGAGCGAGCACGCCCCCUCCGCACGCACACGCUGCCGUGCCGGGCCUCCGGGACCCGUCACCGGAGCCGCCGCCGCCGCCGCCCGCUCUCCGACCCCCCCUCACGGGCUGUAGCGGAAUUUUCUCUUCAGACACCGCCUUCAAGAUGGCGGCUCCCCCUCCCGACAACCCCCUCAACCGUCCCCUGCAGCAGGCGCCGAGGCCUCACCGCGGCGCGAUGCCCCAGGCCGGCCGCGACACCGACCGGGGCCCCUCGGCCGUCUCCAGGGCCACCGGGCAACCGUCCCCCAACCCCCGCCCGUUUAUGGAGCGCGCCUCCGCCGCCGCUCGGGGCAGCCGGGCUCCUCCCCGGGCCUAA